ACCAUCACAUUUGAAGGAUGCAUGAUUCAACUUUUUACUGAACACUUAUUUGGUGGGGCAGAGAUGAUAAUCCUCACAGCCAUGGCCUACGACCGCUAUGUGGCCAUUUGCAAGCCCUUGCACUACUCUACCAUCAUGAACUGGAGGCUCUGUGGCAUUCUGGUGGGGGUGGCCUGGUCAGGGGGCUUCUUGCAUUCCAUCAUUCAGAUUCUGUUUACUUUCCAGCUGCCCUUUUGUGGCCCUAAUGUAAUUGAUCAUUUCAUGUGUAACUUGUACCCAUUAUUGAAGCUGGCCUGCACUGACACUCACAUUCUAGGUCUUCUGGUGAUCGCCAACAGUGGGUUAAUCUGCAUCAUCAACUUCUCCUUGUUGCUUGUCUCCUAUGGCGUCAUCUUGUUCUCCCUGAGAAAACACAGUGCUGAAGGGCGGAGGAAAGCUCUGUCCACCUGUGGAUCUCACAUUACUGUUGUGGUUUUGUUCUUUGUCCCAUGCAUAUUUAUAUAUGCACGACCUCCAUCUAUAUUCUCUUUUGAUAAAGAAGUGGAAAUGUUUUACACUGUUUUCACUCCCUUGCUCAAUCCUUUGGUUUACACACUGCGGAACAAGGAAGUGAAAAAUGCCAUGAGGAAAUUGUGGAAGAGAUUUGGUGAUCUCUAA